AUGGUGUUCAUCACCAACAGCACCUACCAGGAUUUCCGUGCCAAAGUGAACGGGCUCGGCCAGGUCAUGUCCGCCUUCGGCCGCUUUGUGGGCCCCUCCGUGUGCUCCAACGUCUUCGCGUGGUCGUACAAGAACGGCCUGGGCUUCCCGUUCGACUUCGGGUGUGCGUUCUAUCUUAUCGCCGUGGUGCAGGCCAUCAACACGACGCUCACCGCCCUGCUGCCUGACUCCGUGAACCGCAGAAAGCCCACGCUCCGAGAGUACGCCAACGAGCAGCACAAGCUGCUCGAGGCGCAGAGCAUCGAGAUGGUGCAGUUGAAGAAGGAGGAGGAGAUGCUGACCGCCGAUGGGGAGAACAAGCCCGAUUCUGCUAAACAGCAGAACCAUGAGGGAGGGUUAACAGCCUCUCAGGAAGUGGUGCCUCCGUCGUCGUCGAUGUAA